CAACAGAUCAUAGGGUAUUUAUUUUCUUACCCCUGUUGUUUCUUCCCCUGGACCAUACAAGGUACUUUAUAAUCCGUAAAUCUCAUUGGCUCGAAGCUCCCGUCUUGCCCCCUGUACCUAGGUACCUGCUUUUCAUCGCGUCAAAGCUCAACUCGAAACUCAACAAAAUUGCCAAAUCAUGAAGCUGUCAUGAUAUCAUGACGGCAAGAAGGGGGGAGCUACACUAACUUCUAUAUACUCAUCCCCGCUCCUCGUCUUAAGGUCGUCCGAAUUCCGAUUUUACUUAUUAAAAAUAGCUUUAAUUGUUAAUUGUGCUGGUUCACGAGAGACAUAUCAGGUUGUUUAUCUGCUUUAUUAUUUGACUUAUUAUUCAGUUCAACCUUGAGACGACACAGUCUACCAAGACCAGCACAAUGCCGACCCCCUUAAUCCCGCGAUUACAUCUCUGGGAGAUCGACGACCAACCGUGGUUCCCCUCAUUCCUCCGCGCCUACGUCCAAGACGGCCUAACCCACGCCUGGACCGUCCACAUCCCCCUCCUGCAACCCAGCAGCCCCGCGACCAUCGAAGCCGAGACCCUGCUGCGCGUCCUCGGUCCCUCCGCCUCGCGCUACACCUACAUCGACUUCUGCGCCGGCGCCGGCGGCCCUACCCCCCAGGUCGAGCGCGCCUUAAACAGCCAGCUCUCCCGCGCCCGCAACAAGGACACCAAGGAUGACAACAACAACAACAACAACAAUAACAGCAACGAGAACGACCAAAAUGAGAACGGCAAGAACGACGACGACGACGACGACGACGAGAACAGCCAGGUCGACUUCGUGCUUACGGACCUGCACCCGCACGUCGAGGCCUGGUCCGCCGCCUGCAAGAAGAGCGACCGGCUGACCUAUGUCGCGCAGCCCGUCGACGCCGCGCGCGCCCCCGACGACCUGAUACGUCGGUACACCGAGGACAAGGAGAACAACAAGAAGAACGGUAGAGGCAUUUUCCGCCUGUUUAACUUGGCGUUCCACCACUUCGACGACGACCUGGCGCGCGCUAUCUUGAAGAACACGGUUGAGACGAGCGAUGGGUUCGGUAUCUUCGAGCUCCAGGACCGCACCCCCACCGGCCUGCUAACCUGCUUCGCCUUCGGCUUCUUCAUCCUGCUGAUCGCGCCGUUGCUCUACUGGUGGUCGCCCGCGCGCCUGUUCUGGGUCUACGUCAUCCCCGUCGUCCCCUUCGUGCUCGUCUUCGACGGCCUCGUCUCCUGCCUGCGCACCCGCACCGCCCACGAGGUCGAGGCGUUGCUGCGCACCUGCGGCGCCAACACCGACGGCUGGGAGGUUAAGAGCGGGAAAGAGCAGUUUCUUUGGCCCUGCGGGUAUUUGCAUUGGAUUAUCGGCACCAAGAAGUCUACAUGAGGGCCGUUAAAUAGGGGUUAUGUCGGCGUAAAGCAUAGUGUAUAAUCAAUUUCGAGUUUCUGGAAUACCCGCUUGUAUAAAAAAUAAUUCAUGUUGCAUUCUGCAAGGUAAAAAAAAAAAGAAAAAAAAAGAUAUAUGAAAGCUAUGGAUGAUUAUGUACGAAUGGUAUUUUCCUCAUUUCCCCGUAAAUGACGUUGAUAAUGCUUUCCCAUGAUAACC